AUGGGGGCCGUGUGUUCCGACCCAGGUAUUGCUCGCAAGCUAUUCAUCGCCAGGGUUCCAGUAUGGUUGUUGCAGCGUUCUCACACUGUCGGUACUCCCCAAAUUGAAGGGCGACCAGCGAUCCAAUUUACUAGGCCUGAGGGGGUUGAGAUGACUCAGACAGUCGCUAUGGGAGGCGUGCGAUGUACGGAGCAGGCCGGAGAACCUCACUUGAUUGCUAUCUCUCGCGAGUCUGAGGCUGUGUUAGACAUCGAGGACAUGCCUCUGCCAGCUGUGUUCAGCUUGACGCAAUACGAGGAUAAACCAGGUCUAAGCUCAGGGCGUACGACAGGUCAAACUCAGGGUAAGCAGUCAUGGUAUGUCAGCUUGUGUGCAGCUACUGAGCCUACUUCUCCAGCACCUCAGCGUGUUCGUGCUACAGCCCAAUUCGUGCCUGAAGCGCAUGAUCUAUUGCCUCGUAGGAUGGGUGCGUGGGGGGAAAGUCUGGAGGCUCUGGACAUGACCAAGCUGUGCAAAUCUCGGGUCAGGCUGUAG